AUGGAAAUCAGCAAUAGAAAGGACAUCGAGAAAUUGAUUGCCUAUAGUAAAAGUAUCCAAGUUGGUCUCAUUGAAGAUGUAUUUAUGUGAGUUAUGUGAGGAUUUCAAUGACCAAUACACUCCCCCUGAGAAACAUGUCUAUGAUUUAGAACCUGUUCCUGAAAUAAAAUUAGAAGAACUUGAGACAAAUCUAAACGAAGACGAGAUGCUGAAAUUAUUAAAACAGAAUGUUCAAUCUGCAAAACUGAAAGAAAGUGUAAGCAGUGAACAGGAUAGUGUAGAGAGUUAGGACUCUAUGGAAAGGAGAUCUACUCCUCCCAAAAGAAAAUAAUAAUAAUAAUNAGAUGCUCCAUUUAUAUACAAUGAAUCAUAGAUCAAUACAGGUCUUAUAACUGAUGGUCCUGAACAACAUUUAAUUAUGAAUUCAGCAGCUCCAGUUUAUAUUAUUGAAGGAUCUGCAGGUUAAGAGUAUUUUACACCACUCGUGCCUUGUAAUUAUUAAUUAUUUAUUGUAUAUAGAUCCAGCAUAACCAUACACAGUAUAUUAGACUGGUUAUAAUGAUGGAGUAGGCAUUCUAUCUGUUUAUAAUGAGACUCAUUUGUAUUUUGAAUAAAUAGAUCUUAUUGAGAAUAGAGUAGUGGAUUAUUUUUGGGUCGUACAAUCAAGAGGACUUACUAGUGAGAAGACGUUCAAUAUCUUAUUAUGGGUCAUACUGGCAUUUGCAAUGGUUUUGGUUAUUGGCUUGGCUAUAUUUUAUGUAAUGAGAAGGUAAAUGAUAAAGGAGAAAUUAAUUAAUUGA